GAGAAAGAACGGGAAUGCUGUUCAGGAAAUUCUUCAGGCAUGGGCAGGGACUUGGCUGCAAUUCUGCAGUUGGAAAAUCUGACUGGGGCAGCUUCUGAACACAGGCUGGGCCUGCUCACGCUUGGCGGGCUGAGCGGCCGCCUCCUUCAGAGCCUCUCGGCUCACUCUGGGCUUGUGGGCGAUUUUCAUCAGGCGCUUUGUGAAGCAGACAAGCGAGAUGCCUCAGGAACAGUACACACACCACCGGAGCUCCAUGCCCAGCUCUGAGGGGCCACAAGUAUACAAGGUGGGCAUUUAUGGCUGGCGGAAAAGAUGCCUGUAUUUCUUUGUCCUACUCCUGAUGAUUUUAAUACUGGUGAACUUGGCCAUGACCAUCUGGAUUCUCAAAGUCAUGAACUUCACAAUUGAUGGAAUGGGGAACUUGAGAAUCACAGACAAAGGUCUAAAACUAGAAGGAGACUCCGAAUUCUUGCAACCUCUCUACGCCAAAGAAAUCCAGUCCCGACCAGGUAAUGCCCUGUACUUCAAAUCAGCCAGAAAUGUUACAGUGAACAUUCUCAAUGACCAGACUAAAGUGCUAACUCAGCUGAUAACAGGUCCAAAAGCCGUAGAAGCUUAUGGCAAAAAGUUUGAAGUAAAGACAGUUUCUGGAAAAUUGCUCUUUUCUGCAGAUAACGAUGAAGUGGUAGUAGGAGCUGAGAGAUUAAGAGUUUUAGGAGCGGAGGGCACAGUGUUCCCUAAAUCUAUAGAGACACCUAAUGUCAGGGCAGACCCCUUCAAGGAACUAAGGUUGGAGUCCCCGACCCGGUCUCUGGUGAUGGAGGCCCCAAAAGGAGUCGAAAUAAAUGCAGAAGCCGGCAACAUGGAAGCCACCUGCAGAACAGAGCUGAGGCUGGAGUCCAAAGAUGGAGAGAUUAAGUUAGAUGCUGCGAAAAUCAAACUACCUAGACUGCCUCACGGAUCCUACACGCCUACAGGAACGAGGCAGAAGGUCUUCGAGAUCUGCGUCUGCGCCAAUGGGAGAUUAUUCCUGUCCCAGGCAGGAACUGGUUCCACUUGUCAGAUAAACACAAGUGUCUGCCUUUGAGAGACCAUCCAUAGUGGACCUUGUUGGCAGCAUAAAGGCCAUUUUUGGCUUUAGACACUGGCUGCCAGCUAUUUUUACUAGAACACAGAAAGCCUAUCAAAGACCUUGUGUGUGUGUGUGUGUGUGUGUGGGUGUGGGUGUGGGUGUGGACGUGGGUGUAUGCGUAUGUGUGUGGGUGGCUAUAAAUAUAUAUAAAUAUAUAUAAAUAAAUAUAUAUAUCCUCUGUAUAAAAUGAGGUUUCAGUACAAAAGGAACCAUGGGUGACCCUGUGAUAUCCACCAUCAUUUCCAUUUCAAUCCUACCACCUACAUGAUAAAAUCAAAACACUAAUUCAGGCCCAAUAUUCCCCAGACCCUUCAAAACCACACAGUGUAUCAGACUCUUACCGAAUAGUCACCUACAUGUUUAAGCAGCCACGCAUCUUCCCCUUUAGUGUCAUUACAAGGCAGUGAUGGCGGGAAUCUCUAAGUCACACUCAAGCACUGAGACCCUUGUAUUGCAGUAGAUACUUCGUUUCUGUUUUUAGCUUUCGUAAGGCUCGCCAACUUCCCCUUCUUCAAGUUAGGGAUGGGGCAUGCCAUAGAAGUUGGCUGUGGGAACUCAAAAUGGUGUUCUCCCUUCACAGCCGAAUGUACUGGGGCCUUUGUAGUUGGAUGAAUGUGGAGGAUGAAUUUUAGCAAAGUUCGAACUGCCCACCCAACUCCUGCUAUGUUCCUUCAAAAUUACAUAUUAUCCCACAGUCAAAAUAGGAGUUGUAAAUCAGCACAAAAUAGGAUAACAGCUGCUCCUCAGUCAGCUGGAAGCUACUCAGUGGCCUGACAGGAAAAGAAUAAAUGGGUGAUAUGUCUCUGUUUAAAGGAAAAAAAUGGCUCAAAGUCUGUUUCAUCCUCACUUGUGACUUUAUCCAGUGGACUCCAGCCUCAAAAUCCUUAAGAAAAGAACCCCCACCCCAAGAGAAACCAUUUGGGAAUGGAAACCUAAUUAAGAGGAGCCUAGAAAACCUAAUUAAUUUUUAUAUAUUUCCUGGGAUUGGUAGGUAAUUGGGAGACUUGCCUUUUUAUUUCUAAAGAUACGCACAAACUCUAGCUUCAAUAUCCUUAUAUAUAUUUUUGUUGGGAUAUUUAUAUUCCUAAAUCCACCAUUAUAUUUUCUCCAAGAAUACUGACCCAGCAAUCACUGAUCUAAAAUACCUGCCCCCAGAAAUGGCCACUGGAAAUUAAUAUAAACUGAGUCAAGUGUCUCUCUCAGACUCACCAUGUUCCCAACGGCCCAGCGAAACCACUCCCCCAUACGUGGAGGCACCUCCCUAGUUCCCGCCAUCAGCUACCUCUCAUCCCUCCACCUUCAUCGUCAUGCUCCAGGGUCACCCUGGCCAGCUCUUGUGCUGGGACAGGGGAUUACACCAUCUCUGUUCAAAGAGGGAGAAAUGUGCCUAUGCCUUAAGUCAAUGCACUCAGCAAGGAGAAGCACAUCCUAUUUAUCUUGUUGUUACCUGUAGUUUAUUUUUGGGCGAUUGGAGGGGGAAUGGUUUAGUCAUGAGUGGGCAUCUUAAAAACUGGUAGACAAACCAGGUGGCUGACAGACAUGGACUCUCAGGAGCCCGUAUGGAGUUGUAACUGGCUUAGACAGUCCUGGAUGCCAUUUGGCAAGCAGCGGCCCCACAAUCCUAAAUGAGGUCAUAUUGGUAGGCCUGGAUGGCAUUUGUGUUUUUUUUUUUUCUUCAACAAGGUUUUAAUUUUUCUUACUUCACAAGCAGAGAAAGUUUUGGAAACGAAUAUGAGGUUUGAUAUUUUUGAGAUGACACUCAAGCAUCAGGCUGAGGUUUGUAUACAAAGGAUGUAAAAAGCAAGCUGUGUGUUGCUUUAGGAGUGGGGCGGGGGGUGGGGAGGGGUGGUUUCCUAGCUUGACCAGCAGCCCUGCUGGCUUCCAGACCCCAUACCCCCUCCAGUCACUCCUCGGUAUCCCAUGUAGAGGAAUUGAGUUGUUCACGGGCAAGACUACUUAGUUUGCAACACUAAGAGUCUAAAAAGGAAAACCCUAAAAACAUGUUAAGUUGCUCUCCAUCGGUAUUCUUUCCUGUAGGAUCAUACUGCCAGAAUCUGCAUGUACUAUAUACAGGGUUUUGCCAAAUAGAAGAAGCCCCCCCUUGGCCCCGAGGAGCAUCCCCCGCCCCGUCAUUCAAAUAAACAGUAGUAGCUGUGAGGCCCUCCAUGGCUAAUUACCUUAAGACUAAGUGUUUUUAAGCAGAGAGACCAUCUUUGUAUUUUACCAUCUCAAGUACACUAUCUAUGGAUGACAAGAAAACAGAAGGUUCCCUGAACCUCUUUCCUCUGAGUUUGUUCUAAUCGUUAUAUGAAAGUCUAAGAUGAGCCCCUUGGUAAUUUUAUGCCAAUAUAAAAAAAAAAAGAGUAAUGGGAUCCCACUUGCAGAAUUUAAUCCUAAAGGUAAUCAGAUCACAAAUAGGAUAAAAAUAAUAAUAGCAAACCAAGAAUAGAAAUGAAGCACCUGUGGGGGACAGACAUAAUAAAAAAUUCUGGUUUUCAUUUGUGCUAAGUGACCACAGUAUACCAGGUAAUAAGCAGGAAACUUGGCAUAGAUUAAAUCAUGUAUUUCAGUUCUGACUGCAGAAUUCGGUAAAAUGCAUUUUAAGUUCUUAAGUGUCUAUUUUUUUUCUCCCAACUUCCUCCAACUAGAAAAUUUGUCCAUGGUCAUGAGAAAAAGUUUUAAUUCUGGAAAAAAAAUCUUUUACAUUAAAAUCUGAUAAACUUUAAUUUUAGAAAUUGAGAUUCUUUCUCAUCUUUAUAUAUAAUACCUUCUAGACAAUCACAUCUUUGAGGAUAUUAAGGAGCAGGGGGUAUAACAAAGAGUUCAAAUGAAUCGUCAAUAUUCUAGAAGUUCUAGUAUGCUAAUAUUCUUCAGAAGAUUUUUAAAAAUUAAAGUGAUCUCCAAACGUUUAGCCCUCAUUUAUAUUUGUUAUCUGUCCAAUAAGUCAUAAAAGUUCGGUGGUAACCUACUAACAUAUGACAAAGGUUGUCAAAAGCCCUUAUGGUGGCAUCUGUGUAGGUGGAAACUCGGUGGUGAGCCUUUUUAAUUGUUCUUUUUCCCAAGGGAUAGAUCUUAUAAACUUGAAUUGGCUUUAACUUCCUUUAGGUCAGUUUCCUUUGGAUGGUUUUCAUUGUACAUCCAUAAAACAUAGACCAAAGAUUGCUUAAAGUUUAACUCUAGAGCAGGUGUCAGCAAAUUGUGGUCCCUAGACCAAACCUGGGUCAUCACCAGUCUUUGUAGAUAAAGUUUUAUUGUAACACAGACACAUUUAUUCAUUUCCUUGAUGUCUGUGGCUGAUUUCAUUCUGUGACAGCAGGGCCAAGUAACUGUGUCAGAGAUUUCAUGGCCUGCAAAGCAUAAAAUACAAUUUGGAUCUUUACAGAAAAAGUUUGCCGACCCCUGACAUAGAGGUCAUUUGUGCCAUGUGUUAGACCUGGAAGGAAAACGAAUUCCAAGGAAGCAUGGAGUAACCCUACAUUUCCCUGGAUGCUUGGAAAUAUAAAUACUUGCCUACAGAAAAAAAGAUUAGCCCUACACUAUGUAUAAAAGUGAUCCACUUGUCUUAGAAAUCCAAGUUCACAGGAUUCUUGAGAAAAGGGAAGAUGGAAUCAGAGGAAGCCUUAGUGCAAAAGGAAAGCUGUGAUUCUCCAAGAGUUGUCUUAGAACCCUUAAUAGAGAGGUGCUUUCUCUGGUCAGCAUUGUGUAAGACAAGAAGAGAAGCAAAGGUCCUGUAAUUAAAUUUAGAAUCUUUCUCCUGAAGAGACUGUUCUGCAGUUUCAUAGGUUCCAGCUCACCAUCACCUGUUCCAGAAAAAUGCACAUUCCAUGGUCCUCCAGAGAACACUUUUGACCUAACAUAUCUUGUUGAUGUCCAUCACCUCAGUUAUUUAUACCUCCAGUGUGCUUGCCAUUCCUACGUCCCCACCAGGCCUGAAUAAUAAAUAAUGUUGAAAGAAUAAUAAGAAAUUUUGGAGGCAGCAUCUGAAAAUAUGCGGGAAGAAAAAAAUACAGUAAAAGUCUUUUAUGAAGGUGUUUUGAGGGGGAAACCAGAUCAAUACCAGUUUGAUUUUGUUUCCAAGGAGUUGGGUCUGUGUUCUUUGGUGUAGCAGGAGUGCAAAAAAAGACCUAUUUUGAAUUCUACCAUGUCUACCUCUGUGUAGUAAGGCAAGUUCCUACCAGAGAUUUCUCCCUUCAGUCAAUAGCCUAUUGCUAAGUCCAUACUUAUAUUCAAUAUUGUUAAAAUAGCAUCAAUAAUGAAUGACUCUUUGUAAGCAUGAAUGUUCAUGUCAGAAAGAUUUUUUUUAAGGAAAUCGACCACCAUUUAUCAGACCCUAAUCAAUGUCACAGAAAGAGCCCUUUUGCAUUUUAUUUGGAUUCAACCAAAAGGGGAUUAAAUUGGCAACACUGCCCUCCACAGAAGCAGCUCCAUGAGAAUAUCUUGCUUUUGUUUAUUUUAGGCAAAAGGUAGCAUGAUGUUUGGACCAAAGAGACAAACAGAUCCAUAGAAGCACCUGAUCCUUAUUUUUUAAGGCUCUGUGAAAGGUGAGAACCUCAUUUAAGUAAGUUACAAACAAGACUAUUUGCUCUCUUUCCCCAGCACUAGGAAAUCAUAGGCAUAAAAGGAUAACGAAGCAGUUUCUGGAAUGAUACAUUUGCAUGGUGCUCCAGUAGCAGGUGGGGGAAAAAGUUAUAAUAAAAGAAACAACCUUAGAAAACAGGCUUUUUAUCUCAAAGAUAAAAAUGUAUCUCUUUUGGUCUUUUAUCACUUUCUCCUCAGGGGAAGGUUCCCCCCCUUCUAACAUAUUUCCAGUGAAAUAGUCAAAACUACUGCAUUGGAAUGUCAGAUGCAUCUCUUUCUUUGUGGCAAUCUGAAUUUAAAAUUGUACGGUUGCCUCUGAAUUUCUCAUUCACAAAGCUAAACCCACUGAUAGGAGAUAAAGCAGUCUGAAGCCUGCUGCUUCCACUAGCACACCACACACAUUAGCACUUUCUAACGCAAUGGGAUUUCUAUGGUUCUGAAAAGCUUUCUUCAUAAUGGAGUCCUUGACAUUUCUCAAGGCAGGUCUGAAUGGCAAAGGAAAAAUAAUUAUUUGUGGGAAGUCCUUGUUUUGAGUAUUGUUAGAGCACAAGUGUGGAAAAAAAUAGCAAGUUUGGGGCGACUCAUGCUCACAGAAGUUAUUUGCUUUGGUUUUACCCCCCCCCCCACACACACACACACUGUUGCAGAUACUGAUAGAGUACAAAAUUAGCAUCUUCCUGGGAAAAAAGACAGCAGUUCAAGAAUGUGAGGCCCCUUGAUGCAAUAGGCAGUGUGAUGUCAUCAACAGUGUUGAUGAUGUCAUCAAAUCCAUUACUGAACAGUCUCAGAAGGUCAACAGUAAUGCUAACUGCUACUCCUCACUGUCAGCCCAGCAAGUGUGAAUAUCAGUUCCAUGUCCGUGAAUUUUGCAAUUAGAAUAAAACAAAGAAAACUUGCUGUAAGCAAGAAGUAUUUUUAGAAUCUAAAGCCACCUGUCAUAAUAGGAAGCCAAAGUAGUCCAAGAUGCCUCAUUAGGCAUGUAGACAUCCUCAGUAGCGAAUGAGGGGAUUUUGCUUCAUUGCUGAGCCCUAGCUGAGGCCAGAUAAAUACAACAAACAUGAAGAAGGAAACAUCUGUUUUACCUAAAAUCUACUCUGCCCCUGCUAGACUUGCCUAGUGGUCUCUCGUCUGCCACUGUCUUCACAGCCUACGUCUCCACUUGGGUUAUUUGGGGACAGUCAGAGUUAGCUCAGAUUUCAUCAUGUGAGAAAUUCCCAGCUGACAAGUUUGGUUACAUAGGAACAGUAUAGCAAAGGAGUGUCCUAAGGCAGGAAAACUAUAAUUGUUAACGAGGAAGAUGUUGGUGAUGAUACUGAAUUUGGGGGUUAUAGAUUCUUUUGAGAAUCUGAGCAAAGUUCUCAACCUUCUCUCCAAAAAGUAUCACACCCUCAAAAUUUAACAUAAAAUGGAAGUGACUUUUAUGGAUCUGAAGCCUUCUCUAAGAUAUGUCAAAUGUUGGAUUCUAUUCUCCAGUUAUAAUAAUUUUCAUUGACUGAUGUUCAUUAAGCACUAUAUGUUAGGCACAAUGCUGAGUGUUUUAUAUGCACUCACUUAUUUCAUCCUCAAAACAAUCCUUUGAGUUAAGUUCUAUUAUAGUUCCAAUUUACAGGUGUGGAAACUGAGGCUUAAAGAGAUUAGGAAACUUGCCCAAAGCCACUCGUUAGAAAAUGGCAGAGCUAGAAUGUGGGUCUAACUCCAACCCACUAUGCUAUGAAGUCACCAAUAUGUCAAACUAUUUUUCAAGGUGUUGAGAAGUGUCUCCUACCAGCUGUUAGACUAGACCUUCUUGGGUGGAUGAGGCUAUAAAACUUUUAUCUGUAUAGUCUCUCAUCCAUGACAGCAUCCAGUACUAAAGUAGAGAUAUCUGCAGUGAAAGUAUAAGUGAUCUGUCUGAACAAUAGACUCUGGAACAAAAAAAAGCUUUUUUUUUGUUUUCUCUGUUUGAUUCUUGUUAAGUCAGACUUCUUGUCCUUACAGAUUGAAAGAUGCCUGGGGUGUCAGCAUUACAGUUAAGAGAAAAUUGUAAUACUUAGUGAUUUAUAGGCAUAGGCUAAGCAAUUCAGCAUUUCUGCACACAUACAUUUCCUUCUCCUAUUCCUCACUUCAAAAGACAGAGAUCUUAUUUUAGAUGAGGUCUUGAUUAUCAUACUUCCUGACCUUUACUUGUGGCAAAACUUAAGGAAAGAAUCAAAUAGAAGGGAACUCAAUCUCUGCCAUUGUAGCAAGAACUCAGUUAGCAUUAUUCAUUCAAUACCCAAGGCGACCACUUAGGCUCUAAUAAUGGCUGGAGACCCACAUGCCAUACCUUGUCAACCAUUACUAAUGGGCCAUACCCCUCCCUGUGAGCAGAAUUCUUCUUGGCAAAGCACUCAGGCCAUCACAACCAUUGAUCUGAGUUGGAAAUGGGACCUAUUUGCCAAUUCUUGUCUGAACAGUGGCUCUCUUUAACCUUGAACCUAUACAUUUUAACUGGUGUCCUAGAUUCAGCAAUGAGAUUGGUGGCAUUCUAACUACUGAAGGAGAAGAUGAGUACAUCUGAAGUCCCUUACAACUUGGUGGCUUUGGAGCACUUUCAUCUUUUGAGCAAAGGGAUGAGGGUUUGAUAUGUAAGAGUUAAAAGACCUAAAAUCAUUUUGAAGAAUUAACUCAGCCGGGGACCAUCUGAACAGGUUAUAAACCAGUAUGCCCAUAUUAAGGUCCUAUGAUCAAUCUGCCCCCACCCAGAGCUGAGAGAACACAGCAGCAAAGAGACUGGGGUUCAUCCUGCUUUUCUUGCUUUCUCAACAGCACAUAUCUGAUCUAUUGGGUGUCUGUAGACAGAACUUCCCACUGCUGCCAACAGACACAGACCCAGUACCAGCCAGAGUCCUAUAAUCCCCUCUGGCUCAACCUUACCCCAUAAAACCUUAAUAAAGGGACGAGUUCAAAAAUGUCAAAAGCCCUGUUUCAGGGUAAGUCAUUCAGUAAUUUUCUUUUACUGAUCAAUGUGUCCCAAUGGCAAAUCAGAAAUGGGUACCCUUAAUGAGUCUCAUGGAACUAACAUCACCAGAGCCAAAAAUUAGGUUCCCUGAUAAGGAGGGGUGGGGGGGAGGUUUAAGCAGCAAAGGGAAGAGUUGGCACACCUGAAUUUUGGAUAGACACAAAAUUGGCUUAUUUUGUAUGCAGUGUUUUGGUGAGGGGUGGGGUUGGAGUUUUCUAUGUAUUAACCACCUACCUCCUCAGUAAAGUUUCUCCCUUUGAGGCCAUGAAGGAAAAACACACCUCUUAAGGAGGUCAUAUUUUAAAGGGAAAAGUUAGAGACCAUCCGUCGUUGUUCUGGCUAGAUACGCCCCUGGAGAAGCCAGGUUCUGGUGCUUUUCACAGAAAAGAGGACAAAGAAGUCCCACUUGCUUGGAGAUUUUGAAAAAGGAACCCCAUUCCCAUAAAGCAAUUGAGUUCAGCCUUUGGGUUAUUUUGGGCUUUGUUUUGUUUUUCUCUGGGUUUGGGUUUGAUGUAAGAGGAAGAGCCUUUUAGUUUAGGUUUGUUUUGUUUUGUUUUAAAUAACAUCGAUCCUUGCACACUCUAUGCAAAAAUUUUGUAAGCAUUGCAAUAAUGCUAUGAACUACAAGGAACUAUUUUAACUUUAUUACACUUUCUGUAUAAAAAAAUUUGUAUUUAAUAUUAUUUCAA